GUGAAGUGGACGCGAAGGAAAUGAAAGCUAAAAAUCAUUGUUUUUCCACUUAAGAAACCAAACAUUCCCCCUCUCCUUUCCUACCCCUCUCUCUGUCCGACCAGUAGAAAAGCAAUAGCGCCUUCCUCUUCCUCCUCCGCCAUGACCAAUCUCCUGUAACUCCUUUCUAUCAUCAUCGUCGUCGUUCGUCGCCGCCAUCGUCAUCAACGCCAGAGCAACGGAAGAAAAGGGCAGGAGGAAACAAAAUGGAGAACAGCAGGGUGGAGAUUGACACAAGGGCGCCCUUCCAGUCGGUGAAGGAAGCCAUAGUCCUGUUCGGGGAAAGAGUCUUAGCAGGAGAGAUAUACGCCAACAAGAUCAAAGAGGCAAAAUCGAGAACAAAUGAGGUCGGAAGCGGGUCUGCAAGGUUGGCGUCAAUUGCAGCAGAAUUGGAGCGCACGAAGGAGAAGCUGAAGGAAUCGAGAGCAGAAAGCGAAGCCAUGUCGGAGUGCUUGAACUCCAUCAUCGAGGAGCUAGAGGAAACAAAGAAGCAACUCGAGAGCCUCAAGGCCAAGGGAAAGGAAGAAGAUCGCCGACAACCGGAAGAAACAGAGAUCACGGACAUCAAAUUCGUCGAGGAAACCAAAAAGGACGUCGCGGAGAUCGAACAGAGCCGGAAGGUCAGGUACGUUAGCUUCGCGGACCCGCCGUCCCUUGCUGAGGUCCUGAGCACAGACGUGGAAUCCGUCCCGAGGAGGAACGCAGAAGCGGGCAACAAUAUGCCGUCGGAGAAGAAAAAGAAGAAGAAGAAGAAGAAGCCACUAAUUCCAUUGAUAGGAGGUAUCUUCUCCAGGAAGAAAGGCUCAGAAAGAGCUGCUUCUUCAAUGAACUAGGCCAGAAGAUGGCUACCAGUGCUUGAUGAUCAUCAGUUUGUGAGUGAAGUUGGACGGAGGCAGGAUUUGUGCGUAGAUCUAAAGAAAAGUAAUCCUGGUGUUGUUAUUCUCGUAAAACCCUUAAUUUUCUCAUUUCCACAAUGUCAAUGUAAUUUUUCUUGUCCUGCUUUC